AUGACUGCAAACGGAACUCCUGCGUUCGAGUUCUCCGCAAAGAACUUACCUCUGAAGCUCUUCAUCAACAAUGAGUAUGUUGAUUCAAAGUCUGGGAAAUUCCUGACAGUGCACAAUCCCAAGGACAAGUCUCUAGUCAGCAGCAAUGUCCCCUUGGCCAACGAACAGGAUGUCGACGCAGCUGUCGCAGCCGCUGAAGCAGCCCUUCCAGGGUGGAAGAAAAUCAGCGCAUCGCAACGUCGAGAUAUAAUGCUCAAGUUCGCAGAUCUCCUCAUCAAGUAUACCGAGGCCCUCGCGGAGCUGACGCGAAUCACGCUAGGUGCGCCUUUUGGUGCGUUUGGUGCGUUCGAAGUCGGACUUGCAGCAGAAGCGUUCAAGUACAACGCUGGCUGGGUUGACAAGUUUCUUGGAGAUGCUGUGCCUCAAGAGAAUGGCUUCAUGCAAAUUACUCGUAAUGAGCCUCUCGGUGUUACAGCCGGAAUUGUCCCCUGGAACGGUCCUUUAGGUACAGUCGGUCUGAAGGCAGCUCCUGCUUUGGCCACCGGCAAUUGCUUCAUCCUCAAGCCUUCGGAAAAGACUCCAUUCGCUGCUGCCGGCCUUGGUCCCCUGAUCAAAGAAGCUGGCUUCCCACCGGGCGUUUUCCAAGUUCUGACUGGAGACGGUUCUACCGGAGCAAUUAUUGCAAGUCAUAUGCGCAUCCGCAAGGUCAGUUUCACCGGCAGUAUCCCCACAGGAAAGAAGAUCCAGGAGAUGGCUUCCAAAUCUAAUCUCAAGCGUGUCACCCUCGAAUUAGGGGGCAAGUCACCUGCAGUGGUGUUUGACGAUUGCAACCUCGAAAAUGCCGUGACUUGGUGUGUGAACGCGCUGGCUGCGAAUACAGGCCAGGUAUGCUUCGCAGCAACCCGCGUCUACGUCCAAGAAGGCAUUUUCGACAAGUUUUCCAAGAUGUACAAAGAAAAGCUUGAGGAGAAAGCAAAGACAAUCGGAGACCCAGAUAAGGAAAGCACGCAAAUGGGUCCACUCGUAGACGCGGCGCAAUUUGAGCGUGUCAACGGGUUCAUCGAGCGUGGAGUGUCUGGAAAGCAGGGUACGCUUCUCACUGGUGGCAACAAGCUCGAAAAUUUGGGCUACUAUGUCGAGCCCACAGUCUUUACUGGCGUCAGUCCGGAUGCAGAAAUCUACUCGAAUGAGAUCUUUGGACCUGUAUCCAUUCUCAACUCUUUCAAGACUGAAGAGGAGGUGAUCAAAGCAGCCAAUGCCACAGAGUAUGGCCUAAUGGCUGGUGUCUUCACGCAAGACAUCAACAAGGCGCUGCGGGUGGCAAGCGACUUCGAUUCAGGCAUGGUGGGCAUCAAUUGCGUCAGCCUGACAUUCUUGACAGCGCCAUUUGGUGGCAGCAAAGAGAGCGGUAUGGGCAGAGAAUGUGGUAGGGCAGCGCUACAAGCUUUCACGGAGCCGAAGACGAUCAUGAUAAACAUGACUUAUUAG